AUGCCGAUCAAACAAACCGUGUCGGCCCUUGCCAAGAGUACGAUCAAGAUUGCAUACGAUGAACUUGAUCGCACUAUCAGUUUCGAGGACAAGCAAAAUUUCUCGAACACGGCGUUACAUGAUGUUCGCGAAGCCGCACUCAAAAUCGAGAACCAACUCGCUGCUAGACAAUCUCUCCGAAACAUGCGGCGCCUCAUGCCAUUAUUCCUAGGUCUCGAACACUAUUCCAAGGUGGUAGAUGUGCUAUGCAACGGCACCCCAUACUUGCCUUGGAUUUGGGCCCCAAUCACCCUCAUCUUGCGGAUAUCAUCAGAGUUCGUCGAAGCCUUUGAACAGAUCAUCAAAGGUUAUGCUAGUAUUGCCGAGUCAUUAAAACGGUUUGAGAUUCUCAGCAAUGCACUCAUCAAUGAACUGGAUUUCCAGCAGACGGUGGCAGUAUUUUAUGCAGAUAUUCUCAAGUUUCACAAAUAUGCCUACAAAUUUGUUCGGCGAAGUGGCUGGAAACUGAUAUUUUCCGCCUCUUGGGGACGUUUCGAAAGGAAGUUCGGAAACAUUCUCGAGGAUUUAAAACAUCACGGUACCCUCCUUGAUCUUGAAGCCAACGCCCACGAUAUCUCCCAAGCCAAGAAGAUGCGAGACGAUAUCCGCAAAUGGAGAGAGGAGAGUCAGAGUCGGGUUCGACAGAAGGACAAUGAACAAAGUGCAAGGCAGUACGGGUCCAUUAUGUCUUGGCUCAAGGUUAAUGACGUCGAUCAACUGGCCAUCAUUGAUUCGAUAACAUCCGAAGUUGAAAAGUAUCAAGGAACUUGCGGAUGGAUACUCAAGAAUAAAAAUAUCAGGUCCUGGGCUGAUGCGAAGCCAAACACGCCAGCAUUGUGGUUGAAGGGGUCGGCCGGGACUGGGAAAAGCGUCUUGUGCACCCAGCUUGUCAACUUUCUGAAAGAGACUAAGUUUGUGAUAUGUCACUUUUGCACAUAUCUUUAUGCAACCUCGACAAUGUAUGAACAAAUAUUGAAGUCGUUGCUACUGCAAAUCCUUCGGAAGGAUGCAGAUCUGGCAGCCCAUGUUUACAAGACGUGCGUCAUGGAAAAGAAAUCACCGACGACUCCAACUCUGGAGAACCUGCUCCAAGAACUUUUCUCGAGUAUGUCAAGUGAGCCCAAUAAGACCGGGUAUGUGUGGGUCAUCAUUGAUGGACUGGAUGAAUGCGAUUCCGACAAACAACUGCGCUUGGUACGAUUGAUCAACAAACUUACUUCUAAGCCUGUGGUUCCAGGAAGUACCGGUUGCAAGGUCUUAGUUUCCAGCCGUCCACCGUCCACUCCGUUAGAUCGACUUAUGAGAAAACAGAUUGUGUCUUUAACCGAGGAGAAGUCUUUGCUAAAUGAGGCAGUUCGUCAGUAUGUUGGUCAGAGACUCGUAUUAAUGGACACAAAGCUUCGUCAACUUAACUUACAACGUGUCGAGGUCGAGGAAAUCCAGGGCUUGAUCGUGAAAAAGUCUGAUGGAAUGUUUCUUUACGCUCGCCUUGUAAUGGAUUAUCUCUCAAGCAACCUCUUCUUCAGUCGUCAGGAGAUCAAAGAAUCGGUAAACCAAUUACCAAGGAAACUUGGUGAUUUCUACCAAAGAAUCUUGACUCAAAUAUUGGCCCCGCUGGACCAUCGCUCAGAGGACCGGAUAAGGUGCAUCCUAGGGUGGAUUGCAUUUGCUAGGAGGCCACUACGCAAAGUGGAGCUUAUGUCUGCCAUCACGUUCAGUUCUGGUGACCACGAGAUCUAUGAUUUGAUACCUGCGUAUGCAAUUGACACAGUUGGCACGCUUAUUGAAGAGAGGAAGGAUUCAACGUUGUCUUUCAUUCAUAAUUCUGUGAAAGAAUUUCUUCAAACCUCCUCGCAACCCAUCGUCCUUGAAGAGAGACAGUCCCUUCAAGAGCACGGAGUAGCUACUGUGGCUUGCCUUCUCUCGGGGCUGAAGUAUUUCGACCAUACAUACCCAGCACAUGAUAAGGCUCUUAGGGUAGCUAGAGGAUUGCAUGGAUUUCACGUUUAUGCUACCGAGUUCUGGACCGAGUAUCUGCUAUCAUUUGCUAGUUCGAACGAUACAGUCACAGCAGACUCAUCAAUAUCUUUAAUUAGUCUUGCUUGCGAACUGGCACACAAAUUGGAAUAUGAGGAGGUGGCAAGUACGACGGACGAUUCUAUGAUGAACCCAGUGGAUGUGCGACUAGGGUCUCUGCACCAGUACCGGGUGCUCCAGAAAUGCGUUGACCGAUCCUUGAGAUUAAGGUCACUAGGGACCCUCGAAUCCAGAGUUUUGCGAGACUACAAUAACGACGAAAGUCAGAAGGGUUCGACAACUCGGCUCGUUCAUGAUAAGAUCGAGACGCUGCUGGCGUCUUACCAGGAGAUUGUCAAGUUCUUGCUCAGCAAAACCUAUCAUCCCGACCUAUCGCCCGAUGAAUUGGAGUCAUUCAAAGCUAAUUUCUGUACUGCUGCUUUCACUUGCCGGUUGACAUCAUGCUCGUAUGCAACUAUUGGCUUCCACACUGCAGAGCUUCUCAAGGAACAUGAACGUGAGCACAUUCGAAGAUUUCAAUGUGCGGUUCCUGGAUGCCAAUAUCCCCCCUUCGUAUCGAAGUCGGCUCUCAAAAACCAUAUGAAGAGAAAUCACAAUCCUAAUAUUGCUUCAAAACCAGUACUGAGGCACAUGCUGGCUUCGAAGAGGAGCAGUUCAAACCAUUCUCAAGCUGCGCAUCGUGAGACGUCAGCCAGUCGAGAGGAACUUCAGGCACCUCGAAUUGCCCCGGAAUUGCAGUCCGUCAUUAUGGAAUCGAUGGACGUGCCUCCACAAGUUCUCAGCCAACUGGACCAAGUUCCGCCGAAUGUUGAGAAAUGGGGUCAGCUCUGGUUGUGGUUUAAUCAGAGUUACAGAGGAGGAAUAGAAACAAUUGCUCUGAGUGCUAGUCUGACACAGAUUCAAGAAAGCCAAUAUCAACUCAGCCUCCAAGGACACGAUGUCACGAUAUGA